UUUUGGAGGCAUCCUCUGCAAAUGGGUCAGGAAACUCGUCCUCCUCGCCACCUUAUUCUUCACAGCCUGCACUGCCACCUUCUUCCACCUCCGCAGUGGUUUCUGCUACGCAGGACGCUACAGGUACGUCUAUUUUACCUGUACCUUCAUUCGCCAGCACUUUUACGCUAGCAUCGCAGUCAUUGGCUGACACGAGCGCUWCGCUAGCUUUCUCAGCAUCUGUGCCGAGCUCCGUCUCGUCGGUUUGGGYGCCGUCAUUGCCAUCUGUUUCGGCGGUCUUGCAUCAGCCUUUUCUCGUUGGCCCAGGUUGCUCUCCCGUUCCCRCAAAGCUGGUUACCCAGAUCGUCAGUGGCAAGUUCGUCGACAUGAGCGAUCUCAUUUCUCCUAACCUGGUGGAGACGGAAAACGAGCCCCAACUCUUCUUUAAUGGUCGCAUCGUUUUGACCUCUACGCCCAAGCGCCAGCGGCGAAAGGUAGAGGACAUAAUGACGUGGAUCGAGGCGUUCAGCAUUUACUCGCUCGUGCUGACUUCUUAUUUUCCCAAUCGCUGGAAAGAUCUUUUGCUCUACAAGCUGCUUAUUCUGCGAACCUAUYGCCAGUUUAGCGGCCGGGCUUGGCUGGCUUACGAUAAGGCUUUUCGUGAGCACGCAGCAGCAAGCAAACUCACAGACUGGUCGCACAUCAAUAGCCACCUCUACAGUUUCCACACCGCGGGAUCUGUCCCACGCGCUCUCAGUG